AUGACUUCUCUCCUCAGCGGGCUCGUGAAACCGCUUGCCUAUGUCUCCCUCCCCGUUUUUGCGCUACACACGCUUUCGCAAUCGUCUCCGAUCGCUCGAUACUAUGUUCGCCUUACACUGUAUCUCUCCACACUCGGAGUAUGUUCAGCGUGGGGUGUUGUGUGUGCAGUAGGCAUGUCGCUCGUUGGACGCCGAUUGGACACAUUCUUUGUCGUCGCGCGCAGCUUCUAUGCCCUCGCUAGUCGGGCGCUGGACAUCCGGCUAGUGGUAGAGGGCGAGGAACACCUUCAAACUCGUCCCGCAGUGCUCGUGGGCAACCAUCAGAGUAUGCUUGAUAUCCUUUAUCUAGGGAGGAUAUUCCCCCGCCACGCGUCCAUCAUAGCGAAGAAGGAGUUGCAAUGGUCCCCGCUACUCGGCCAGUUUAUGAGCCUCUCUGGUGUUGUCUGGAUUGAUAGAGGGAACAACGCCAAGGCUAUACGCUCACUCACUGCUGCUGGAGAGACGAUGCGCGCAAAGAACCUCUCGCUUUGGCUUUUCCCGGAGGGCACCCGUUCGCUACGCGAACAACACGACCUACUCCCGUUCAAGAAGGGCGCAUUCCAUAUUGCCAUUCAGGCCGGCGUGCCGAUCGUCCCAGUUGUAUGCGAGAAUUAUUGGAGGUUGUACAGGAAGGGCGUAUUCGAGAGCGGAACCUUGAAAGUUCGAGUUCUUCCUCCGAUUUCAACCGAAGGUCUUACCACCGCAGAUAUCCCCGAACUCGCCGAACGAGUCCGUGAGCAAAUGGUUGCUGCGCUCCGCGAGAUAUCCGUUCCAGCUCCUUCCACUUCGCAGUCACUCGACCUGGGGAGUACGCCAUGGGUGUCGGAUACUAUUCAGCCUCCCUCGGUCGAGAAACUUUCCAUUCAGGUGACCCCAGAGCUAUCCGUUGAGCCUACCCCCGCCCCAUUGUUAGAAGGUGAUCGGAAUAUUGAAAUAGAGCCACGAUCAGAGAGUCGGGCAUCCACUCAGGCCUCGGAGACUUCAUCUUCACCUACGGUGAGCAGUCGUCGAUCUGACAAUGGAACUGAGACGGAGGAGGAUGACGGUAUGGUGCUUGUGGGGCGGCCAAAGUGA